AUGGGAAACCUCUGUGAGUGUUGUGGGAUUCGAGACAAGGGGCCGACGGGCUUGCCACAGUAUGGUAGUGGUGGCAAUGCCGGGCAUGGGUAUGCCUUGGCCAUAAAUGACAGGGCCACGAUGGAGGAUGCAGUCGCCAUCCAAGAGAAUGUAGCCGGAUACACGUGCCUUGCCGUCUUAGACGGGCACGGAGGGGACAAGGCAGCCACACUGGCUCAGUCGCAGUUAGCAAGGCAGCUGAACCAGCAUCUUCAGCAGACAUCCAACAAGGAGCAGGCCGCGAUUGAUGCCUUCCAUGCAGUGGAAGAGCUCAUGCACGAGGAAUUGGCCGGCGAGGCCAGUAUGUUGCCUUCCGGAACAUCAUCCGGAACUGUCGCAUGUGUGGCACUUUUCCAGGAGAAGGAGGUUAUCUUGGUGAAUUUGGGAGACUGCCGCGCGGUGGUUUGUGAGUCCUCGAAGUUGGCCACCAAGACCAAGGACCACUCCCCGGAGAAGAACGAGCUGGAGAAGCAGAGGCUUCACCACAGUGGAGUGAGUGUUGAGUGUGGAUACGUUGAUGGCAAAGUUCAGGUCUCCCGGGCCUUCGGGGACAUCACGGCCGAGACCGGACACAAGAUUUUGGGCCUCACGUGCACACCGGAGGUCACGAUCGUCGAGGUAAAGGAGACCACCGAGUUCCUUAUCCUGGCCACAGAUGGGAUUUGGGAUGGCAUUCAGGACCAAACGGCAAUUACAACGGCCCGGAAGGUGCUUCGUGAGACGCGGUCUCCAGAAGCGGCAGCGAAGGCGGUGCUGGAAGCUGCCGGCAAG